AUGGAUCAAUCAGGAGUCACAGCUCAGACACCGAAGAGCCCGUGGGGUUCGGUGGCCCCGGCAGCUCCGGCCUGCUCGCUCUCCGAGGUGAUGAGCGAACAGCUGGCGAAGCAGCUGGACGAGGAGGACGACGCCUUCCCGGCGCUCUCAGACCCUCCGGCUGAGCUGCUGCUGGCCGACGAAGCUCCCGACACCACCAGCGACCUGAUGCUCGCCCAGAUGCUGCAGAUGCAGUUUGACCGCGAGUUCGAUGACCAGCUGCGCCGCGAGGAGAAGAAGUUCAAUGGGGACAGCAAAGUGUCCAUCUCCUUUGAGAACUACCGCAUGGUCCAUCCGUACGAGGACAGCGACAGCUCCGAGGACGAGGUCGACUGGCAGGACACGAGACACGACCCCUACAGAGCCGAAAAGCCUCAGACCACGCCCAGGAAAGGCUUCACGGGGAAGGGGAAGAACAUCACCACCAAACACGAUGAGGUGACCUGUGGCCGUAAGAACACGGCGCGCAUGGACAACUUUGCUCCGGAGGUGCACGUCGGUGACGGCCUGGGGAUGGACCUGAAGUUGUCCAAUCAGGUGUUUAACUCCCUGAAGCAGCACUGCUACAGCGAGCAGAGACGCAGCGCCAGGCUGCACGAGAAGAAGGAGCACUCCACCGCCGAGCAAGCCGUGGACCCUCGCACUCGUCUGCUGAUGUACAAGAUGGUGAACGCCGGCGUGCUGGAAAACAUCAACGGCUGCAUCAGCACCGGGAAGGAGUCUGUCGUCUUCCACGCUGACGGAGGGAGCCUGGAGGAGCAGCCCGUCCCGGGCGAGGUGGUGCUGAAGGUGUUUAAAACGACGCUGAACGAGUUCAAGAACAGAGACCGCUACAUCAAGGACGAUUACCGCUUCAAGGAGCGCUUCAGCAAACUGAACCCGCGCAAGAUCAUCAGGCUGUGGGCCGAGAAGGAGAUGCACAACCUGGCCAGGAUGAAGAAGGCCGAGAUUCCCUGCCCCGAGGUGGUGCUGCUGAAGAAGCACAUCCUGGUGAUGUCAUUCAUCGGUAAAGACCACGUCCCCGCCCCCAAACUCAAGGACGCCGUGCUGAGCUCAGAGGACGUGAAGAACGCCUACAACCAGGUCCUACACAUGAUGCAGCAGUUAUAUCAGGAGUGUAAUCUGGUCCACGCCGACCUCAGCGAAUACAACAUGCUGUGGCACGAGGGGAAGGUGUGGCUGAUCGAUGUGAGUCAGUCCGUGGAGCCCACCCACCCUCACGGUCUGGAGUUCCUCUUCAGGGACUGCAGGAACGUCUCCACGUUCUUCCAGAAGAGAGGGGUGAGCGAGGCGAUGAGCACCUACGACCUUUUCAACGCCGUCACCGGCCUGAACAUCCCAGUGGGCGCCGAGGACGAGGCAGAGUUCAUGGCGGAGAUCGUGGUGUUGGAGAAGAGGAAUGAAGAUCACGUCCAAAAACGAGGCAAGAAAACCUUCCCGGUGACCUCGGAGGACGGCGGCCCCCCUUUAGAACCCGACGCCGACGACUAACGCCCACCCAGCUCGCGCUUUCUUCACGAUCCCGCCGUGUUUUUAGAAAAAUCAGAAAAAGAUGAACGGAGGCCGAGGAGGAGGGCCCUCCGACCCACCACCCUCCUCGCUGCUUCCUGUGGACAGGAAGAGGGGGGGUUUAAAGUCAGAGCGUCAGAAGAUCCGGACGGUUUCCUGAUGCUCGCGUCUCGCAUCUUCCUGCUAAGAUUGUCCCACGCUGCUCACAGUGUGUGUUUUUAUAAUAAUCCGAACGCUUCUAGUAAACUUAGCCGCUCCUUCACCGAGGCGCUGGUGCUGGGAUCAGACCGCAGGGAAUUCUGGGAAACUGUGAUGUGGGAAUCAGCUGGAAUGUUUUAGAAGCAGACCCUGCAAACAAACUGAAGCUGCAGCUAAAAAUGUUUUAAUGAUAUGAAUCAGCUUCUCUUCAAAUAAAAUCAAUAUCAGAGCUCCAGUUUUCUGGGGUCAAAGGUCAUAGAGGUCAUAGCGGUGUGGGUCGUUUCUGUGGAAGAAGUUUAAAAGUGUGACUGAAACGUUCAUGGAUGGAUUAUCAGAUAUGUUUAUAAAAAGGCAUGUGGGAAUGAUGUCAUGCAGGAAGUCCUGGUGUGUGUCGGGGUGCUGAACAGGAUGUUGGGGUCAUGGUGCAAAUUCAGAUUAAAAGACAAACAUGGAAAAUC